AUGGAUCGUGUUGGACAUUUAACACAGCACCAGAGAACUCACACAGGAGAGAAACCCUUCAAGUGCACUGUGUGUGACAAGGCAUUUUCAUAUCCAUCAGUUCUAAGGAACCACCAGAGAACACACACGGAAGAAAAACCCUUCAAGUGCAGUGUGUGUGGGAAGGCAUUUUCAUAUUCAUCUGCUCUUAAAAAACACCGGAGAACACACACAGGAGAAAAACCCUUCAAGUGCAGUCUGUGCGCGAAGGCGUUUUCACAGUCAUCUGCUCUUGUAUUACAUCAGAGAACACACACGGGAGAGAAACCCUUCAGUUGCACUCUGUGUGGGAAGGCGUUUGCACGUUCACAAAAUCUUAAAAUACACCAGAGAACACACACAGGAGAGAAACCCUUCAAGUGCACUGUGUGUGACAAGGCAUUUUCACAUUCAUCAGUUCUUAGGAUCCACCAGAGAACACACACGGGAGAGAAACUCUUCAGGUGCAGUCUGUGCGGGAAGGCGUUUUCACAGUCAUCUGGUCUUGUAUCGCACCAGAGAACACACACGGGAGAUAAACCCUUCAAGUGCAGUGUGUGUGGGAAGGCGUUUGCACAUUCACAACAUCUUAAAAUACACCAGAGAACACACACAGGAGAGAAACCCUUCAGUUGCACUCUGUGUGGGAAGGCGUUUGCACAAUCACCAUAUCUUAAAUUACACCAGAGAACACACACUGGAGAGAAACCCUUCAAGUGCACUGUGUGUGGGAAGGCGUUUGCACAUUCACAACAUCUUCAAUUACACCAGAGAACACACACGGGAGAGAAACCCUUCAAGUGCACUGUGUGUGACAAGGCAUUUGCACAGUCAUCAGGUCUUCAUAGACACCAGAGAACACAC